AUGGCACAGGAUACUGCGGCAGAAAAGAAGCAGCCCAAAUCUUUCGAAGCUCUGACACCCGAACUGUCGCAAUGGAUCCUCGACUUCACCACCGGCAUGGGGUUUGCCCGAACUACUCCAGUACAAGCCAUGGCGAUUCCGCUCCUAAUGGGCAACAAAGAUCUGGUCGUCGAGGCAGUCACAGGAAGUGGCAAGACACUCAGUUUUCUCAUCCCUCUUGUCGAGCGAAUACUGAAAGCCGAAGAACCAAAUAAGCGAGGUUACGUGCGAUCAAUAGUUGUCGCGCCUACCAAAGAACUCGCCAGCCAGAUAUACGACGUGCUCAUCGGCCUCCUGGACUUUCACAAACCUUCCGCGGCCUAUCUGAAGCAAGCAGCAAAACCCGAAGUGGACAGCGAAGAUGAAGAAAUGGAAGAUGUUGAAGUCGAGCAGGUGCCACCGGGUCCUUAUGCUGUACCGCAGUUGCUUGUCGGAGGCAGGACGAAGCUGGCAGAAGACCUUGCCACCUUUUCGCAACUGAAUGCGAAUAUCCUCAUUGGCACGCCGAAGCGAGUCUUGGAAGUUUUGCAAUCUUCAAGGGUUAUCAUAAAGCGACAUUGGUUCGACCUUCUGGUGCUGGAUGAAGCAGAUCGCUUACUCGACGCGAACUUCCAAUCAGAUUUGCAGCGAAUACUCGAGAUCGUGCCAAAAGAGCGACGAACAGGGCUUUUCAGUGCAUCUGUCUCGGAAGCAGUAGAUGAGCUCGUUCGAGUCGGCAUGCGGUAUCCCUUCAAGAUCAGCGCGAAAGUGCGCAGCAAAAGCGGUGCACUAGACAAGCGAACACCUGAGAGUCUGAAGCUGUAUCAUCUUGUCACAAAGCAGUCGCUCCGCAUACCUCAUCUCAAGCACAUUCUGGAGCGAAGUAAAGCAGAAAAGGCGAUAUUGUACGUUUCGACUCGAGCUGGCGUGGACUACUGGAAUCAUAUUUUGCAACCACUUCUUGGAAUGUCAGUAUAUCCCCUACAUGGCGACCACAAGGCGGCAAUACGGAUGAAGAACCUUCAGCGCUUUCGCGACUCAGUGUCGCCAGCGAUUCUGCUUACCACGGACGUCCUAGCUCGAGGGAUCGACAUCCCGGAUAUUGAUCUGGUUGUUCAGCUCGACCCACCGAAGCAGCCCAAAGACUUUAUACACCGCUGCGGUCGCUCUGGUCGAGCAGGAAAGCGCGGCAUGGCAAUCACGUUCUUGAGCGAGGGUGGUGAAGAAGACUAUGUCAAAUAUCUCAGCCUACAGGGCACCCCACUCGAGCCCUACCCUAAUCCACCCAACCUGUCCGAUGCAGAUGCGAAGGAGACUAUUGAUGCGAUCCGCAGAGUAUUGGUACAGAAACGAGAACUCCACGACCGCUCACAAAAGGCAUUCGUUAGCUGGAUUCAGGCAUACAGCAAGACCUUGCCCACAGACAUCUUCAGCGUGCGAAGACUAGACUGGAUCGAAGCCGGAAAGGCAUGGGGUCUCCUUCGCUGGCCAAAGAUGCCAGAACUGAAACGACAUUUUCCGGAAGCAGUCACAGACAGGUCACAUGGCCUCGACCUGCCUGCAGAUUUUGACCUCAACAACGUAGCAUAUGCCGACAAGGUGCACGAAGCGCAACGACAAGCAGACAAUGAAGCUCGUGCUCGCGGCGAGAAACCCCAGCUAUCAUCACAACUUCGAGGAAAACUUGCUGCGGCGAAGCAGAGAAAAGAAAAAGCAUGGACAAAGCAGAAGGGCGCCAAAGCCGUGCGGGAGGAGAGGAGGGAGAGAAAAGAAGUCAGAAGAAAGGCGGAGAGCCAUUCGAAGAUGAGUGAAGCCGAUAAGGCGAAAGAGCGGGAGCUGGAAGCGCUGAUCAGCAAAGUCAGAGCUCAGAAUGCCCAAGCUAAGGAGGAUUUCGAGGGGUUCGACGAUUAG